GUUCUGCCUUUUUCUGAUCUUCCCGCGCUCCGCUUUGCAGAACCAACCGUCGCAUCAGGCCUCGAUAGUAGCUAGCUAUAAGCAAGCGCGUCAGCCAGCACUACGACGACAUAGGACGACGACGACGCAGAGUGCUGAGCGGAGCUGAGCGGAGCUGUCGGGCCAGGAUGCCCAGAGUGCCUGCGGUGGACCCCUCGCCCGACGAGGUCCUCGUCAAGGCUGAGCUCGACGACCUGGUCCCCGAGGCGCUCCGGGGUGCGCCACUUGCUACCGCGCCCCGCAUCUCUCCUCGGCAGACAAAUGGCGCGGGCAGCAGCAGCAACGGAAGCAGCAACGGAAGCAGCAACGGCAGCGUGCAGCGCAGCAGAAGCAGAAGCAGGCACCUGCCGCCGUUCAAGCAGGGGUGCCCGCCGCUGCUCAUUGGCGGCAAUGGCCUGGGCGAGGGCAUGUACCAUUCCGACGACGUCAUCCGCGGCCUGGAGCCGUACCGAAUGUUUCGCUUGGCGCUCGAGUACGGCAUGAAUGCCAUCGACACGUCUCCCUACUAUCACCCCUCGGAGAUUCGCCUGGGCCGGAUCCUGCGCACCCUCGCGCCCCAGUUCCCACGCCACUCCUACUACCUCUGCACAAAGGCCGGCCGUAACGGGCCAAACAAGGGCGAUUUCGACUACCGCGCCCAGAGCGUGCGGAGGAGCGUCGAGCGGAGUUGCCGGAGGAUGGAGACGACGUAUCUCGAUGUCGUCCUCAUGCACGAUGUCGAAUUCGUUGCCGAGAGCGUAGGGCCCGCCCAGGCCGCAGGGUUUGCCGCCAGGGACCUCAUCGCCGAGACCGACGACGAUGGGCCCGUCCACAUGGCUUGUGGUCUCGCCCCGGCCCAGGCAGGCAAGAGCUUUGGCCAGGGCGACGACAGCAUCCUCGAGGCCGUCGCCGAGCUGUUCCGACUCAAGGACGAGGGCAUCGUCGACAAUGUCGGCAUCAGUGGCUACCCCCUGCCCACGCUCCUCCGCCUCUCGAGGCUCGUCUUUGCCCGCCUGCACCGGCCCCUCGACGUCGUGCUUAGCUACUCGCACCACACGCUCCAGAGCGACCUCCUCGUCGCCUACCUGGACCACUUUCAGCGCUGCCCUCUGCUGUCAGAGGAGCACAAUUGGGACCCGCCCCGCGUACUCAACGCCUCGCCCUUUUCCAUGGGCUUGCUCACUGACGAUGGGCCGCCAACCUGGCACCCUGCCCCCCUCAAGCUCAAGCAUGCAUGCAUCAACGCUGCCAAGGCACUCCAGCAGGCGUCAACAUUAUCACCUGCCAAUCAGAUGCCGUCCCUCACCCAGACGGCGGCCAGGUUCGGCAUGCGGGGCUCCGAAGUCGCUCGAGCCGACGCACCGGGACAGGCCCUCCUGCCGACACUCGUGGGCAUGCGCGACGUCGAGCAGGUCCACGCCGCCGUCGAUGCCUACCGGGUACUUCUCGCGGGCGCGCAAGCAGCAGCAGCAGCAGCAGCAGCAGCAGCCUCACAUAAUGACGACAACGGUCGCCGUCCAAGGCCUUUAGUUGGCGAAGAUACUGGCGUGGAGCGAGACGCAGCCGCGUAUCGGCGGUACGAGGCACAAGAAAGGGCAGAGACAAUGGUGCGCGACGAGCUCCACCGCGCAGGAUUUCAGCACUGGUCCUGGGCCAGUCCGGGAGGGGACGCAUAAAGGCACUGACUGUGCCAGAUUCUUGUAUUCUGGCUGCGAUAAUCUUUGGGUUCUUACUUGCAAUGGCACACUCGCGCAUCCUCCUU